UCAUUUUUGCAAUAUUAAUAUUUUUAAUUAAGCUGAAGCUUAAUAUAAUUUACGAAACUCAUGAUGUAUAAUUUUUUGUGUGCAUGUUUUUGGCAUGUGGCCUUGUUUAACAUGUUUACCAAAAAUGUUACAGGGCUUAUAUAAUUUAUACAAUUUCCCUGACGUAACAACGCCAUGCAACCAACUGUUUUUUGCUAUAUAAAUUCUGCCCGUUUGAGAAUCGAAUUAGGUUUAAUUUUAGCCAAAUGAUGUCGCGUUGCUCGUUGCUGUUUUCAUUCGGUGCGCUCCUGAUCCACAGCACAAUGGCAGGACGCAACUGGGACUACGAACCCUUAUCCCUGACAUCCUAUAGCUCCGAUGAGAAGCUUUUAAAGAUUACCACCAAAGUUGAUCGACUGGGUCGCAGUGAGUAUGCAUUUUCCAUGACGCUGGAUUGGAACUAUGAUGUGGAUAAGGACACCAUGGUGGAGGCGGACGUUUACCACUGCUCAUCAGGCGAUGAAGAAGAUUAUAAAAUAAUGCCCUGGUCUAUUCCCCAGCAGCCCUUUUUCGAAUACCUGAACGGCUUCUAUAAGGACGCAUUUAUCAAGAAUGUGGGCCACUGUUCCAAUAUGGUCCAAUUCGAAGGUGAUUUUGUUCCUCCGUGGCCCCGAAAUGUUUAUAAACUGGAUAAGUGUGUAGCCAAUGGCGAGGGACUACCAGACAUCGCACCAGAGGGUUAUUUCAAAUUAGUUUAUAAAAUGACCGGGCAGGUCGAAUGGGGGUUUACCUUGAUUGUUAAGGUCCAACAUAGUGUUAUUUAAAAUUGAUUUUAGAGUCCAAAGAAAUCCCUCCAAACUUGUUAAUACUUUGAUUUAAAUCUUUUUUUUUAUUGCAAUGCAAUGUACCAUAAAUUAUAUAAAUUAAAAUUAAAUUCUAUUGGUUUGUUUUAA